AAUUUGUUAUGCUUUAUAAUAGAGGAAAAAAGGGAAAGAAAAUGAACGGAGGUUAAAUUGCAAAGUAAAGCAAAUAAAUGACAGGACUAGAAAGUUUAAAAUUUCAUCCAAGCCAAUAUAAUGCCCAACUUGUCGCUCGCCAGCCGGAUUGGGAACUUUUACAGCCUGCGUCCAGCUGCUUUGAUUUGCGGCUGCCCAUUGACCUCCGCCCCCAAACCACCCCGAAGACAACCCCAAAAUAUCCCCAUAAACUUGUUGCGCAAGCUGCAAUUGUCCGUGUGCUGGUACUUAUUAUGCACUGCGUGUCCACACACUGGCUCGAUUCCUCCUGGUUAUCCAUCUGCCACACGCUUCAUUGACCACUUUGAAUGCCGGGAUUCCGGGAAGAGUGGGCGACUGUCAUGUCGAGUAUAUAAGCCCGGCAGCCGGCAAGUCGCUCCUUUCAGUUGCGCUUUCUCUGGGACUCGGAACAGGACGCCAGGAGGAGAUCGUAUGAGUGGCACAGCAUUCUGAGCAGACUGCCGACCAAUGACCAAGACAACGAUGCAUUGGCUGGCCCACCUCCAGAUCAUCUUGCUAUGCACCUGGUUGAUGUGCCCCAGCUGCAGGGCCAUCAAGUGCGACACUUGCGGCAAGGAGUGUGCCAGCGCCUGUGGCACCAAGCAUUUUCGAACCUGCUGUUUUAACUACCUUCGCAAGCGUUCCGGCCCGGAUGCACUGCGUCAGAGUUCGGACCGAAGACUCAUCGACUUCAUCCUGCUGCAGGGACGCGCCCUGUUCACCCAGGAGCUGCGCGAGAGGCGCAACAAUGGCACCCUGAUAGACCUCGGCCUGAACUCGUACUACCGCUAGGAACUGCUCCAUAUGACACCAUUUCAUCCUGACCACGAAACUGACUUUGAUUCCCACCAACGACUCCAAUGAUCCUUUGGCUUUGGCAGCCGUUGAAAUGCUUGAAAUGUUAAUCUUCCAAUAAAGGCACAAACUUCUUUGGGGCACUGUGCUUGAUGAAGCAGCUUGGACAGUGA